AGCCGGUGUCAAAUCGAGUCGAAAACAAAACAUAUUUGCAGCACAUAAACAAUCUUUCAAGUGAAUUCAUUAGGAAAAGUCAAUUUCCAUCUACAUUUCGAUGAGUUUGAAAACAAAAAUGGAAACAGAUGAAAAUUAUUUUAUAAAGAAAGCAAAGCUGGCCGAAGAAACAGAUCCAUUCACAGCAAAGGCAUGGAUUUUGACGGCAAAAAGCCUAUCGCCAAACAAUUUCGAUGUUCAAUUCGAAGUAUACAAGCAAGAGAAGGCUGCAAAAAACUACACCGAAGCUGCGAAAUGCUUCAGCUACAUCAUGCUCACAUUUCAAAGUCAGCCACCGCAAUUACGACGUGAAAUCAGUCAACUCACAAAUGCAUUGCGUGUACCAGAGACAGGUGGCAAGAAAGAGGAAGACUUCUAUGUGGAAAUGUUUCAACACAUUUCGUACGAGGUGCAAAAUCGUAUUUUACUAUCACUCAAACGAGAUUCCGAUAACAGUUUGGACUAUUGCCAGUUUGUGUUGUUGUUGAUGAAAAAGUUCCCGCAAAUGGCUCACGUGCAUUUGUCUCAUUUGCUAGAAGCACUCGUUCAAAAUACAUCGUCUGGAAAUCAGAAGAACUGCAUUAAAAUGCUUCUAUUCGAAGUGGUUCCGCUUAUCAUACAAAAGCCACCAUCUGAUCUAUCAGCCAAUUUAGUGCAUCGCAUUCUUACUCUCGGAUUGGAGUUUUAUACAUCGCAAAUAUUUUUAUUCAACAAUGGAUCCGCCAUACCGGCUGAGUUCAGCGAUACCGCCAAUCUGACGACGCCCAUUUGUUGGUCGCGAAUUUUCGAAAUAGUCGAUGUGUGCGGAAGGAUUCUGAAGUGGGAACCAUUUCUUCCCUAUCAUCAAAACUGGUCAAAAGAUGUGUAUUGGCAAAAACUCUAUCACAUCGUUUCACUGUCAUCAACACGGCCGAGUGAAAAUAAGCAGAUUUUAUUCUAUGGAACGAUUUUGUUUGUGAUUUCAUUGCAUGACUACAUCAAUAGCAUGAAACAAAAGAUUGACGACAAUGAAAUUCGAUAUAUUCUAAUUGAGACUAUGGCAACAGAAGAAAGCGAUGGAUCAGCAAAGCCACAUCACACAUUCCGUGAGCUGCCCAAUAUAAUCACAAAUCCACCAUGCGACAAAGAAGUGGCAAUUUUAUUCCGAACCGCUGUUCAAUGCUGGCAAUUACUUCAAUCCAACGAAAUUCUGCAAAUUGACUUUAAGCAACUGCUUUUGUCGCUUCCCUGUUCACCGUAUGUCAAUCAAUUUCUUGUCGAUCUGGCUUUUUAUCUUGGCCAACCGGAAGAGGCACAAACACUUUUGAAUGAUUCGACAUUGGGUACGAGCAGUUUGGAGAAAAAUCUACGGCACCUGAGUUUAACAUUGCAUCAACCAACAUUUCAGGUCCCAGCGUUUGAGUUGAUGAUGAAAAUUCUUGGUGAUUUACCGAGUGCAUCGGGAAAAUUUGUAAGAAACAUCACGUCAAAUGUAACCGGUCGAAAUAUGGUAUUUUUACCACUGACCAAACGACCAAUUUUGCAAUAUUGCACCAAGAUUUUGGUGAGAACUUUGAAGGCAAAAAUUGGCGAUGAAACUCAUCAUUAUCGCGAUUCAAUUUUGAGCAGCAUGUUGGUGCUGAUUCAAUUGAACUAUCCGAAUGAAAUAAAGACCGCUGAAUUUAUUUUCGAUCGAAUUCGUUCGAAGCAAAGUUUUAGCUUCACCGACUUUUCCACCUAUAUCAUUUGCUCCGAUUUUUUGGCAGAAUUCAUGUAUUUGUACACCAAUGAGAACAAAAUACAACUGGAAUUGAAUGCACCGACCACCACGUCGAUAACACGUCGCAUUGGAACGAGAGGCUCGGACAGAGGCAUCAAAGAUGAAUUCAAGCAACUGAUACGGAAACAAAUGGCGCGAUCGCAUGAAGACAUUGAACCAUUGAUCCUGCAAUUCAUCACUCAAGAGCGCAACACUUUGAUGCAGUUGAUUUUUGAUAUAAUACGAAGAAUAAAAAACAUUUUAGUGAAAUAAGAAUUAACAUAUACAUAUUCCACAAUUUACUGUACACAAUCAUUUAUUCUCACAAUAAAGAAGUCAAUAAAUUUGA